AUGCAGGUACUCAGCAGGCCUUCAAAGUUGUUCCUGCUGUUUCUCAUGCCUGGCUUCAUCGGACCGUCAACAAUUCCCGCCCCCUUCCACAACGGCACUUCAAACUUAAAUGCCGCUACUAUCACACCGGAUCCAGCAACAGCACCACCACUGCUAACCUUGACCCUCGAUCACACGUGGACUACCCCAUCAAGACCGACAUCAUCUGAAGCCACGACUACAAAACAACCACCUCUGUCCGCGCCGCAUUGUGCGCUCGGUAGCUGUGCGAACGCGCAGCUUAAUCCAUUUGCCUUCGUCAUGCAGGUACUCACCAGGCCUUCAAAGUUCUUCCUGCUGUUUCUCAUGCCUGGCUUCAUCGGACCAUCAACAAUUCCCGCCCCCUUCCACAACGGCACUUCAAACUUAAAUCCCGCUACUAUCACACCGGAUCCAGCAACAGCACCGCCACUGCUAACCUUGACCUUCGAUCACACGUGGACUACCCCAUCAAGACAGACAUCAUCUGCAGCCACGACUACAAAACAACCGCCUCUGUCUGCGCCGCAUUGUGGGCUUGGUAGCUGUGCGAACGCGCAGCCUAAUCCAUUUGCCUUCAUCAUGCAGGUACUCACCAGGGCUUCAAAGUUGUUCCUGUUAUUUCUCAUGCCUGGCUUCAUCGAACCGUCAACAAUUCCCGCCCCCUUCCACAACGGCACUUCAAACUUAAAUCCCGCUACUAUCACACCGGAUCCAGCAACAGCGCCGCCACUGCUAACCUUGACCCUCGACCACACGUGGACUACCCCAUCAAGACCGACAUCAUCUGCAGCCACGACUACAAAACAACCACCUCUGUCCGCGCCGCAUUGUGGGCUCGGUAGCUGUGCGAACGCGCAGCCUAAUCCAUUUGCCUUCGUCAUGCAGGUACUCACCAGGCCUUCAAAGUUCUUCCUGCUGUUUCUCAUGCCUGGCUUCAUCGGACCGUCAACAAUUCUCGUCCCCUUCAACAACGGCACUUCAAACUUGAAUCCCGCUACUAUCACACCGGAUCCAGCAACAGCACCGCCACUGCUAACCUUGACCCUCGAUCACACGUGGACUACCCCAUCAAGACAGACAUCAUCUGCAGCCACGACUACAAAACAAACGCCCCUGUCCACGCCGCAUUGUGGGCUCGGUAGUUGUGCGAACGCGCAGCCUAAUCCGUUUGCCUUCGUCAUGCAGGUACUCAGCAGGCCUUCAAAGUUGUUCCUGCUGUUUCUCAUGCCUGGCUUCAUCGGACCGUCAAUAAUUCCCGCCCCCUUCCACAACGGCACUUCAAACUUAAAUCCCGCUACUAUCAUACCGGAUCCAGCAACAGCACUGCCACUGCUAACCUUGACCCUAGACCACACGUGGACUACCCCAUCAAGACAGACAUCAUCUGCAGCCACGACUACCAAACAACCGCCUCUGUCUGCGCCGCAUUGUGGGCUUGGUAGCUGUGUGAACGCGCAGCCUAAUCCAUUUGCCUUCGUCAUGCAGGUACUCACCAGGGCUUCAAAGUUGUUCCUGCUGUUUCUCAUGCCUGGCUUCAUCGGACCGUCAACAAUUCCCGCGCCCUUCCACAGCGGCACUUCAAACUUAAAUCCCGCUACUAUCACACCAGAUCCAGCAACAGCACCGGCACUGCUAACCUUGACCCUCGACCACACGUGGACUACCCCAUCAAGACAGACAUCAUCUGCAGCCACGACUACAAAACAACCGCCCCUGUCCGCGCCGCAUUGUGGGCUCGGUAGCUGUGCGAACGCGCAGCCUAAUCCGUUUGCCUUAGUCAUGCAGGUACUCACCAGGCCUUCAAAGUUGUUCCUGCUGUUUCUCAUGCCUGGCUUCAUCGGACCGUCAACAAUUCUCGUCCCCUUCAACAACGGCACUUCAAACUUGAAUCCCGCUACUAUCACACCGGAUCCAGCAACAGCACCGCCACUGCUAACCUUGACCCUCGAUCACACGUGGACUACCCCAUCAAGACAGACAUCAUCUGCAGCCACGACUACAAAACAAACGCCCCUGUCCACGCCGCAUUGUGGGCUCGGUAGUUGUGCGAACGCGCAGCCUAAUCCGUUUGCCUUAGUCAUGCAGGUACUCAUCAGGCCUUCAAAGUUGUUCCUGCUGUUUCUCAUGUCUGGCUUCAUCGGACCGUCAAUAAUUCCCGCCCCCUUCCACAACGGCACUUCAAACUUAAAUCCCGCUACUAUCACACCGGAUCCAGCAACAGCACCGCCACUGCUAACCUUGACCCUCGAUCACACGUGGACUACCCCAUCAAGACAGACAUCAUCUGCAGUCACGACUACAAAACAAACGCCCCUGUCCGCGCCGCAUUGUGGGCUCGGUAGCUGUGCGAACGCGCAGCCUAAUCCGUUUGCCUUAGUCAUGCAGGUACUCACCAGGCCUUCAAAGUUCCUUCUGUUUCUCAUGCCUGGCUUCAUCGGAUCGUAA